AUGUCAUCUUUGUGGCGUACUCUAAAAGUUUCUGUUGAAGAAUUAAGACUAGAUACAACUUUAAAAUGCGUAGCUACGGACAUUGAUUACCGAACCCAUUUCGCUUCUAACGUUUCAUCAUCUCAAAUUAAUCAUGAAUUGGAUAAAUUACAUGAAUUCUUGAUCGAUUAUUUCCAAUUAAAUACCGUUAACCUAGGUGAAUGUUAUACUAAAUGGAGUAAGGCGGAUAAACAUUUUGCAAAAAUAGCUCUAAAGUUCAAAGGAAUUAGGAUAUUACGACAAGAUCCAAUUGAAAAUUUAUUUUGUUUUAUUUGUUCGACUAAUAAUAACAUCAAUCGAAUUUCUCAAAUGGUUGAAAAAUUAUGCCGUCAAUACGGUGAAAAAAUAUGUACAUUGAAUGGGGAAGACUAUUUUGAUUUUCCCACAUUGGAAAAACUGACAUCACCAAAUGUUGUUGACGAAUUAAAAAAACUUGGAUUCGGAUAUCGUGCAAAAUAUAUUGCGCAAACUGCUAAAUACAUGUGUGACAAUUUCUCAGAUGGUGAAGUUUGGUUACGCUCUUUACGAAAUUUGUCUUACAAAGAAGCGCACGGUGCUCUUUUAAAACUUUCCGGUGUCGGACCUAAAGUUGCCGAUUGUGUGUGCUUAAUGUCGUUAGAUAAACAUAACGCUAUACCGGUUGAUACGCAUGUUUGGCAAAUUGCACAAAAGCAAUAUGGAUUUAAUGUGAAAAUGAGAGGGGCAUCAAAUUCAUUGACGACUCGUAAUUAUGCGGCUGUUGGUGAUCAUCUUCGAGAGAUUUUUGGAGAGUACAGCGGAUGGGCUCAUUCUGUGUUAUUCACUUCUGAUUUAAGGCCUUUCGAAGAUCGAUCAACUCCUGCACGAGAGCUGAACUCAACUUCAUCCAUAACAACAAAGAUUACCGGAAAACGGCAAAUAAAGAUUAGUCAGGAGAUCAAUUCCAAUAUUGUCCGAGAAAAAAGAAAAAAAUCUCAAUAA